AUGGAGAACACAUACAGAGAAAGAACUUCUCUUGCCCGUGGCGCUCGUGAUAUCGCCAAAGAAGCCAGACGGCAUGCAGUCAAAAAAGUCAACAAAGCCAUAGACCGUGCAUCAGACGAGUACUCAGGCCGCACGUAUCACCGUUUUGAAAACGAUGAUGAAGAUGAGGGUGGAGACGAUGACCUCUACUACUACCGGGAUGGUCAGGCGCAGCAACACGACGAUGAUGAAGGAUCUAGUGAUGCCACCGAAGGCCAUGACGAUGAAGAUGAGAUCUACGAGGGCGAGUACCAGGGCGUGCCUGGUGCCGGGGACGGACAGGUGGCACUGGGGCGGCCGGUAUCAGAUGGCACGAAGGACAGGAAAGAGCUGGAGAAAGAGCGAGAAGCAGAGGAGGAGGAGCUAGCACAGCAGUACGAGCUGAUCAUCCAGGAGUGUGGGCAUGGGCGCUUCCAGUGGCAGCUCUUCUUCGUGCUAGGGUUGGCGCUCAUGUCUGACGGCGUGGAGGUUUUCGUUGUUGGGUUCGUGUUGCCGAGCGCAGAGACGGACAUGUGCGUGCCCAACUCUGGAGCAGGGUGGCUGGGUAGUAUUGUGUACCUGGGGAUGAUGGUGGGAGCAUUUUUCUGGGGCGGUUUGUCGGAUAAAGUGGGCCGGAGGCAAUGUUUGCUGGUGUGUAUGUCCGUGAACGGUUUCUUCGCCUUCCUGUCCUCGUUUGUGCAAGGCUACAGCACGUUCCUCUUCUGCAGGAUGUUCUCAGGAUUUGGGAUUGGCGGGGCCGUACCCAUCGUAUUCUCGUACUUCGCCGAGUUUCUGGCGAGAGAGAAGCGCGGCGAGCACCUGAGCUGGCUCUGCAUGUUCUGGAUGAUAGGUGGGAUCUACGCUUCAGCCAUGGCCUGGGCCAUCAUCCCGCACUACGGCUGGAGUUUCAGCAUGGGCUCAGCAUAUCAGUUCCACAGCUGGAGAGUAUUCGUGGUUGUCUGCGCACUACCGUGUGUCUGCGCAGUCGUCUCUCUUACCUUCAUGCCAGAAAGUCCACGCUACUUCCUGGAGACAGGAAAACAUGAUGAGGCGUGGAUGGUGCUGAAACAGAUCCACGACACUAACAUGCGUGCACGAGGAGAGCCAGAGAAAGUUUUUACUGUGAACCGUAUAAAGAUCCCUAAGCAGUUGGACGAGUUUGUGGAGAUGCAGUCCGAAUCGGCAAACCCUGCAGCUAAAGUUCUCUUCCGAAUCCGGAGUGAACUCCGCGGAAUUUGGCUAACGUUCCUAAAGUGCUGGGAUUACCCUGUGAAAGACAACACGGUGAAGCUGGCUAUAGUGUGGUUCUCUCUCUCUUUUGGGUACUACGGUCUUUCGGUGUGGUUUCCCGAUGUCAUAAAGCACCUUCAAGCGGACGAGUACGCAGCGAGAGUGAACAUCCACAACAACGAGCGCAUCGAAGAUUUCACCUUCAACUUUACACUGGAGAACCAGGUGCACGUCAAUGGGUCCUUCAUCAAUGACAGGUUCAUCGGUAUGAAGUUUAAAUCGGUCACCUUUAAAGAUUCCAUCUUCCAGAACUGCUACUUCGAGGACGUCACUUCAAUUGGGACGUUCUUCAAGAACUGCACCAUCCUGGACACGUUCUUCUACAAUACAGAUAUCGACGACUCAAAAUUUAUCGGCUCGUCGGUGAUCAACAGCACAUUUGCACACAAUAAGACGGGCUGCCAGGUCACAUUCGAUGACGACUACAGUGCCUACUGGGUCUACUUUAUUAACUUCCUCGGGACUCUGGCUGUGUUGCCGGGCAACAUAGUCUCCGCCCUCCUGAUGGACAAAGUCGGGCGGUUGAGCAUGCUGGGAGGCUCGAUGGUUCUGUCUGGUAUUAGUUGUUUCUUCUUGUGGUUCGGCACCAGCGAGUCGAUGAUGAUCGCCAUGCUCUGCCUCUAUAACGGACUCAGCAUAUCCGCCUGGAACUCUCUGGAUGUAGUCACAACCGAGCUGUAUCCCACAGACAGGAGGGGUACUGGAUUCGGGUUCUGUAACGCCAUGUGUAAGCUAGCAGCCGUGUUGGGGAACCUGAUCUUCGGCUCAUUGGUGGGCAUCACUAAAGCCAUUCCCAUCCUCCUGGCUUCAGGCGUCCUGGUGGUUGGCGGCCUCGUGGGACUCCGACUCCCAGACACGCGUGCCAACGUCCUCAUGUGA